AUGGUAACGGGCGUGCUGCCCCGUGGAGAAAUCGAGCCUUUUCUCGAACUCACGGACGACAUCGGGGCCAACGAGAACCCACUGGUGCACUACAUUGAUUUCAUCACGGGGCAUAGAGACCCAGUCCCCCCCGAGCUCGACGAGCAAUACAAGGCGGCCUGGAAGGACGACAGCUACCACAAUCUGCCGCCACCGUUCGGGUUCAAGACGGCGCCGCAACACCACAUGACGCUGCAGAUUUGUAUCCUUGACGCCCCCGACGGCACGAAGACCAUAAUCAAACACUGCGUCAUCCCCAACAAGGCGAAGACGGCCGUCUUCGCCAGCAUGGCUUUCGGGAGCGUCAAGAAGCUCUGCUUCCAGCAUCCCAAGGUGGGGGUCAAGGUCUGGCAAUACGCCUUCGAGCGGUUCGGAGGCAAACAGUGUCGGGCUUUCUUCUUAUCGCCAGACGUCAAGACGGCCACCAAGGUGAACGAGUUCUACGAGCUCUCGGACGAGGAUAUAAACGCUGGCUUCGAAUACAUCCUGAAGAACGCGCCUCGCUCCACGGCCGAGCUCAAGCAGCUGGUAUGGCAGACGAAGGCGCCACGCAAAGGCGCCCCCCUCUACGGCUGGCCCGUCCCCCUGGUGGCGAAGGCGUUGAGCGGGCUCGCGGCGGAGGGCGCGCUUGCAAAGAAGGAGUUCGAAAACAACGUGAUCCUCUGCGAGGACCACUUCAACCUUCGCGUUCCCGAAGCCAUGCAGGAGCUGAUCAACAGCAACGAUUCGCUUGUCCUCAUUGGGGAGCCCAACAUCGGCAAGACGCCGCUCGGGCGCGCAUUCCUGAUGGCAAUGUGCCGCAGGAACGCGCGGGUCCACGGAUUGGACCCCGCGGGUUGUUGCAUCCGCGUCACGCCUGAGAUCGAUUUCUUGCGAGGCGAGCCCGGCGACAUUCUCAUGGGGGACUUUGUGGACGAUGGCUGCUUGAAUCUCCUCCCGCCCAAGAUGGUGAAGGCCUUGCUCGACGUCGGCCAGUACGAGAGCAUGUGCUGGGCCAGGUGGGGCGCAACGAAAUGGAAGAAGGGGGAGCCUCGGUGCUUGGCGGACCAGACUUACGAUCCGAAUGCCGAGAAGCUGGACCGCUGGCCCUCCGUGAAGUUCCAGGAAUUCUUCGAGCUCGUGCGCCCUGCCUUCUCCGAGAAGGCGACCCGCGCAUGCAUGCUGGCUUUCUUCAAGCGUUCUGCGUUUCUGGUGAAUACCCAGGAAUACCUCUACUGGCGCCCAGCAGGCACUGAGGAGAAAGAUGUUCCGCGCAUUAACUUCAAGGGCGAGACCUUCCUGACGGCCGAGGGGAAGCGCCUGUACCUACUGCAGAAGGACGGCGACAUGACCCCGCCCGCCAAUAUCCAGCAGCUCUUGGAGAAGGAGCGGCUCCUCGUGGACUCCGCCGUGGAGAAGAACCGCAAGAAGUCCUCAGACGCGGCCCUCGGUUCUUUGCCAGCCCCGUCGUUCGUCCAGGUGAAGCGAGAGCGCGUGUCCCCUGAGCGCCUGACGUUUCGGAAGCGCCUGCUCUCGGGGAUGACGCUCAAUGUCGACAGCCCGUCCCCCGCCAAGCAACAUGCCGCGGCGUCGUCCACUGCAUCUGGGCCCGCGGCCCCGCCCCGCGACGAUCUCGAGGUCCAGCUCUCGCAGAUGCUGGCCGAGGAGGGGGCGCCCGCUGUGCCUGCGAUGCCCUCGGCUGCGGAGGAGGACGAGGUGCGGCGCGCGGGUUUCGCGGGCAGCGAUGGCACCCUCAGCUCGGGCGCUGAUGCCGCGCGCGCUGCCGAGAAGCGUCGCAACAAGCGGUCGGUGCAGGCCGCCUCGCGCCGCCGCGACAUUUUGGCCAAGGCGCGGAAGGCGCGCAAGGCGGCCCAGGCCAAACGCAAGCGCUUGGAAGCCACGGGCGUGUUCUACACGCCCAAGCGCCAGCGGGUGUCCCGCGUGCGGCGCGGCAGGUCUUCCUUAGCCAAGAUCUACACGUACGAGGACCUCAGGGCUCUGAAGACCAAGGAUGCUUACGACUUGAUGGUCCAGGCGGGGUACCUCGGCGACCCCUCCGAGAACGUUUGCCCCAGGUGCGGAUGGCCAUUGGGUUCGGUGAUUCACAGGGGCGAGAAGCGGCAUCCAGUCCAGAGGUGUCAGCGCAAGGCCUGCUCGUCGUCCUCGGUGCAGGUGAAGGUCACGAGCGGCACGUGGGCGGAUGUGGAAGUGCCUCUCCCGAAGCUGGCGGGCGUCGCCUUCCUGUCGUGCGGCGCCCUGACGUCCCGCAUGAGUACAGCCGACAUGGCGCUGAUUGCCAAGAUGGGCCACAAGCAGUGCGAGGCGGUCAGGCAGAGUUUGCUGGAGAUCGUCUCGGCUGCUUCGAGGGAAGAGCAGAAGUCGAUCGUGCUGAGCGGCCAGUGCGAGACCGACGCCACGACCCUGCGGGUCGUCCAGCUCAAGAACGGGCGCAACAUGCACAUCCGCGUGUUCGGCAUGUGCAAGCGCGGAGACCACGAACACGCCGUCGUGCACAUGCUGCCGCCCUUCUAUGCGGUCCGUGGCGGCCCGACGCGCCCCGAGAGCACGGAUGAGACCGCGCCGCUGAUCUCAGCUCACACGGGGGCCGACGUGCUGAUCUGGCACACAGACGGAGCGCGGUGCUACCGCCGCCUCGAGAACCACACGAAGGUCAAGCACGCCAAGCGCAUCUGGGCGACUGUCAAGACGCUGACCCUGAGCGGGGGCGACGUCCUGUGCUGCUACGGCGGGACGCAGCUCCAGGACGGGCUGUGGUCGCACGUGAAGAACGUCGUCCCAACCACGAUGAACACGUACAGCAAGGAGUCGCAGGCGCAGCUCGAGAACUGGGCGCACUUCUGGGCGUGGCGCUACAGGCGCGCCAGCUGUCCAGAUAUGUUUCUCGAGCUCGGCUCGGCCGUCGCCAUGGCCAGCGUCAUUCAAGACCGCGGCAUGGCCGCUUACGAGGACCUGAAAUCGGCGACCGAGGGCUGGUAUUGCCGCCCUCUUCCUGCACCAAUGGUAACGGGCGUGCUGCCCCGUGGAGAAAUCGAGCCUUUUCUCGAACUCACGGACGACAUCGGGGCCAACGAGAACCCACUGGUGCACUACAUUGAUUUCAUCACGGGGCAUAGAGACCCAGUCCCCCCCGAGCUCGACGAGCAAUACAAGGCGGCCUGGAAGGACGACAGCUACCACAAUCUGCCGCCACCGUUCGGGUUCAAGACGGCGCCGCAACACCACAUGACGCUGCAGAUUUGUAUCCUUGACGCCCCCGACGGCACGAAGACCAUAAUCAAACACUGCGUCAUCCCCAACAAGGCGAAGACGGCCGUCUUCGCCAGCAUGGCUUUCGGGAGCGUCAAGAAGCUCUGCUUCCAGCAUCCCAAGGUGGGGGUCAAGGUCUGGCAAUACGCCUUCGAGCGGUUCGGAGGCAAACAGUGUCGGGCUUUCUUCUUAUCGCCAGACGUCAAGACGGCCACCAAGGUGAACGAGUUCUACGAGCUCUCGGACGAGGAUAUAAACGCUGGCUUCGAAUACAUCCUGAAGAACGCGCCUCGCUCCACGGCCGAGCUCAAGCAGCUGGUAUGGCAGACGAAGGCGCCACGCAAAGGCGCCCCCCUCUACGGCUGGCCCGUCCCCCUGGUGGCGAAGGCGUUGAGCGGGCUCGCGGCGGAGGGCGCGCUUGCAAAGAAGGAGUUCGAAAACAACGUGAUCCUCUGCGAGGACCACUUCAACCUUCGCGUUCUCGAAGCCAUGCAGGAGCUGAUCAACAGCAACGAUUCGCUUGUCCUCAUUGGGGAGCCCAACAUCGGCAAGACGCCGCUCGGGCGCGCAUUCCUGAUGGCAAUGUGCCGCAGGAACGCGCGGGUCCACGGAUUGGACCCCGCGGGUUGUUGCAUCCGCGUCACGCCUGAGAUCGAUUUCUUGCGAGGCGAGCCCGGCGACAUUCUCAUGGGGGACUUUGUGGACGAUGGCUGCUUGAAUCUCCUCCCGCCCAAGAUGGUGAAGGCCUUGCUCGACGUCGGCCAGUACGAGAGCAUGUGCUGGGCCAGGUGGGGCGCAACGAAAUGGAAGAAGGGGGAGCCUCGGUGCUUGGCGGACCAGACUUACGAUCCGAAUGCCGAGAAGCUGGACCGCUGGCCCUCCGUGAAGUUCCAGGAAUUCUUCGAGCUCGUGCGCCCUGCCUUCUCCGAGAAGGCGACCCGCGCAUGCAUGCUGGCUUUCUUCAAGCGUUCUGCGUUUCUGGUGAAUACCCAGGAAUACCUCUACUGGCGCCCAGCAGGCACUGAGGAGAAAGAUGUUCCGCGCAUUAACUUCAAGGGCGAGACCUUCCUGACGGCCGAGGGGAAGCGCCUGUACCUACUGCAGAAGGACGGCGACAUGACCCCGCCCGCCAAUAUCCAGCAGCUCUUGGAGAAGGAGCGGCUCCUCGUGGACUCCGCCGUGGAGAAGAACCGCAAGAAGUCCUCAGACGCGGCCCUCGGUUCUUUGCCAGCCCCGUCGUUCGUCCAGGUUUGGGGGUUCAAAGAUGCGGCCCUGCGGGGUGGGGUCCUAGGGCUGAGGGAGCACUUCAACGCGUUCUGA